CCCGCCUCUCACAAACUUCAACUUAAAAAAAGUAAAAAGUGUAAUAUUAUGUUCUGCUUAUGAGUGCAUCUAGUAUAUUCACUCAUGGAGCCAUGGUCCCUAAAGAAGUACAGCAUCCUUUAUGUGCUUGUAAAAUUCCUCCAUUUAAGUGCUUCACCCGACUUGUACCUGUUCCCAGAGAUUGAAUUAUUACAGGUGAUGUCGUCUCUUCUGAGGGAGGAGAUGCAGAGAGUUUUAUUCCGACCUGCAAAACAGAGACUGGUGGAGUUUAUUGAGAUUGAAGAGCCGGCACACGGAAGACAUUUCCUCUGUGUCUCAGUUUUAAAAAACAAACUGGUGCAGUUGUGUAUAGUGACAUGUCAGAUAGCUAAGACGUCCCUAAAGUCUGGAUCCAAGAGGUCGCACACCAAACGCUCCUGCAUACAGGACUGCUACAGGAGGACCGAGGUCUGGUCCCUGCAGGACCUGACUCUCGUUGACGGACGGGACCCUGAUGUGGAUGACCCCUGUUUCCUGCUGCACUUUGACAACGUGCGUACAGUGAUGGCCGUCAGCUGCUCAGCCAAAUAUACCUUUGUGCGUGCUCUGGUUGUACUCAGCGACCAGUACUGUCAGAGGUCACUGAACCUGCGGAACUUUGACUGGUCCUACAUCAAGCCAACUUCCUUUUACUCGAACAGAGGAGACUGUGUUGUCCUCACACAGAUAUGUUUCUAUGCAUUCAAUUUGGUAUGUCUGUCCAUGUGUCCCGUGCCUCUGGAUGCAUGACGGAAAGACAAAAUCAUUGUGUGUGUGUGUGUUUGUCAUUUAAAGUGUGUGUGUAUGAUAAAUAAACUGUAGCAGGUUCACUGUAUAUAAUUUGUGUUGAGGAGGAGGUGUGAAGUGAGUGUAGGCUUGUGGCUUCUGUUACACUAAUACUGUAGAGCUAAUUCACCAUGAAAUGUCUUUUGCUUUAAUACUCUGCUGAAUGUAUCAUCACAGCAAUGUAGCUGUAGCUGUAUAAUCUCGGCUCUCUUUUGCAGAGAUGUAGACUUCGGUCAAUAUGAUUUGGAUUUGGGUUGAAUCAGGUCACUGUUUUGAUGACUUGUAACUUGACAGAAAAUAAAUGACUUGACUUGGACUGGGAAGUUAAAGGAUCCUGACUUGACUUGAGACACAAUGCCUUUCAUGUUUUCAGUUGUGAUAUUAAAUAUAUUAAAUCUUCAGCAUUGCUAUUUUUGACAUUACAAGAGUCCGUGUAAAGUUACCUGUUACAACAACAUCCAGCUUUUCUGUCAUUUGAAGACUCAUUCAGAUCAGUAAGAGUCUAUAAGGGCUGAUGUUAGCUAAUGUUAGCCCACAGUCUGUUGUCUCACAGCUGUGUAGUUAGCUAGCAUUCAUCUGAUAACGAUUUAUAUCACUAAUUAGCCUUGACCUGAGACUUGACCUGCCUUAACUAAGAACUCAGCUUGACUUGACUUGGCAUAACCUUGGGCACUUACCCAAAACAAAAUGACUUGGGACUUAAUUUAGACUUGGACCAAAUGACCU